UGGUUGCAAACAGUGUUAGUAUUGAACAUCCUUUUCCKGUACACAUUGAUGAACAGUGCGAUCACUUGUGUGACUGUCACCACAAUUUGAUCUAUAAUUAAGUAAAGAUGGUUCGCAUGAAUGUGUUGGCCGAUGCUCUCAGAAGUAUAAACAAUGCAGAGAAGAGAGGCAAACGUCAGGUGCUGUUGAGGCCGUCGUCUAAAGUGAUCAUCAAAUUCUUGAAGGUUAUGAUGAGACACGGUUAUAUCGGCGAGUUUGAGAUAGUGGACGAUCAUCGGGGUGGCAAAAUUGUGGUCAACCUAACCGGUCGACUGAACAAAUGCGGUGUAAUAUCGCCCCGAUUUGAUUUGAAACUCCGAAACUUGGAGUCCUAUUUGGCACAACUGUUGCCGUCGCGUCAGUUCGGCUUUCUAGUGCUGACCACUUCGGGUGGUAUUAUGGACCACGAAGAGGCCCGAAGGAAGCAUUUGGGUGGAAAAAUUCUUGGCUUCUUUUUUUAGUUGAUUUAUUACAAUAAAUUAAAAGUAAAUAAAACCAUUUGAAUUGGA